AUGCGGGGGUUAAAGUCAGCGGUGCGGGGGCCCGGGGGGUGCGGGGGUCCGUGUGUGUACGAAGCGGUGCCAGACGGGGGCUGGGGCUGGGCGGUGGCAGUGGCCUUCUUCUUCGUUGAGGUGUUUACCUUCGGGACCAUCAAGUCUCUGGGGGUGUUCCUCCAGGACCUCAUGACAGAGUUUGGAGAGAGCAACAGCAGAGUAUCCUGGGUCAUCGCAAUCUGCAUCUUCAUCCUUACAUUCACAGGUGGGUCAUAGAGAGCAUCUUCAUCUUCACAGGUGGGUCAGAGAGAGCAUCUUCAUCUUCACAGGCCAGUAAAGCUGUGUGAACAGUAUUUGGACACAGAAUCUGUCCUACUCACUGAACCCCCUGUGUGUCAAUCAACUACUUCAUUAAAUAGUGUAUAAGGUAAAUGAAAAACAUGUCUGUACUCUGUAGUAAAACUAACGGUCCUCUCUCUCUCUCCUCUCUCUCUCUCCUCUCCUCUCCCUCUCUCUCUCUCCCUCUCUCUCUCUCCUCCUCUCUCCUCUCCUCUCUCGCUCCUCUCUCGCUCCUCUCCUCUCUCUCUCCUCUCUCUCCUAUCCCACUCUCUCUCCUCUCUCUCUCCAGCCCCUCUGUCCACGGUGCUCAGUAACCGGUUCGGUUACCGUCCUGUAGUGAUGUUGGGGGGUUUUCUGAUCAGUGUGGGAACCAUCAGCUCUGCCUUCGUCUCCUCCAUCUACGAGAUGUACGUCACCCUCGGCAUCGUCUCGGGUAACUAUCUAACCUACUUUACGCUCACACACACACACACACACACACACACACACACACACACACACACACACACACACACACCACUACUUCACGCUUCCUGCAAUGGUCUAUCUUGUGAUACAUAUGUGGAAUUCAUUAGAAAAACCUUGAACAUGUAAGGAGAAUAAUGAUCUUUAGCUUUUACAUUCAUGCUUACAAUUCCAGCUGAAAACAUAUGAAUGAAACAAGGGACUCCUAGCAGUGCAUGAGGCUGACUGAUGUCUGUCUCUUUCAGACCUGGCUUAUGUUUGUGGGAUAAAUAGAAUAACCCCCAACCCCACUGUCAAAGCUGUAUUCAAUUCACAUCUAAACAUAUCAUUAAAACCUGUAUUCUUAUCAAUGAAACCUGUGCUAUCAAUGAGGCCUAAACUCCCCCAUCUUGAGUCUGUAGGACAGAUUGACACAACAGAAAAGAACAAUUCCCAAAUUGUCCAAAUAAACCAAUAUUUCCUUUCAGAUCCGAUCCAAAUAACUUUUCUUUUACAGAACGAAGCACUGCUAGCUGUCCCAGUAAAUAACUCGUCACCUUCCUUUAAAACAGACAGCAGCUAACUUAACGACCUCUGUCUUCUUUCUCCUUGUUUUUGUCUUUAACUGCGUCCUCUUUCAGUAGUCGUCACGACAACAAGCCUGAGAGUGACCUGUCAACCCUGACCUCUGACAUCAGAGUGACCUGUCAACCCUGACCUCUGACCCAUGACCUCUGACCCCUGACCUUGCUGCAGUGCCGGUGGCUGUCACGCCCCUCUGUGUGUCCUCUGCUGGACCAAUGAUGUGUAUAUAUCUAAGACAUGGAUUGAAACGUGAAACCGUCAACAGCAUUUUGCACAGUGACUGUAUUCACUUUGUAAACUUGAUUUGAAAUGAUCUUGAUGAAAAGGUACUCCUGUGAUGGUGUUUUAAUGUUGUUUGGUUUGAUGUCAGUCAUGUGAUUUCCAGAUUGCGUGAACAAUAACAUCUGUUGUCAUUUGUAAUGUGUCCAGGUCUGGGGUACUGCCUGGCCUUCCUUCCCACUGUCACCCUGCUGUCUCAGUACUUCAACAGAAGGAGAUCCCUGGUCACCGCCCUGGCCUCCUCAGGGGAGUCCUUUGCCAUGUUUGCCUUUGCACCAGGUACGUUGCGGUUUCACGUGUGUACCAAAUUGCACCCUAUUCCCUAUGUAGUGCACUACUUUUGACCAGGGCCCAUAUAGGGUGUAGGGUGCUAUAUAGGGAAUAGGGUGCCAUUUCAGAUUCAGACUAAUUCAUCUCAAAAGGCAGAUAUUGUGUCUGGUACUGUUCUAAAAGUAAAAUAUUGUGGAGGAGCAUAAAAAAACAUGAGUUUUAAACGUUUCUAACAGUCAUUUGAAAGUGGAAGGAGAUUUAAAACCACAUAUCUCCUCUUCUCCUCUGCAGCCUUCAUGGCCUUGAAGGAGGUAAUCGGCUGGCGCCACUGCCUCAUCGUCAUCGGCAUCAUGCAGACCUCCGUGAUUGGCUGCGGCGCUCUGCUUCGACCAAUAAUCAUCAGGCCUAACCAGGAAGUGUCAUUGGAGUUGUCCAAUAAGAGGAAGCUGUCCGUUAAGCUGCAGACGGUCUACGAGCUGCAGAAUGAGGAUACCCAGACCAACGUUAGCUCCGGGGAGUCUGAGGAGUCAGGGGAUUCUGGGGUCACCUCUCUGUCCGCAUCAAGUGCUGACCUCCGGGCCACCACAGCCACACAGGACCCCUCUGAGACCUGGGCCCUCAUGGAGGACCAGGGGGAGAAGAACCAGGGGGGACAGACAACCCUUGGAACCCCACUGAAGCAGCUGGAGGCUGGGGAGAAAGAGCAGGGUGAGGUGGGUCCCCUGGUCCAACCCGCCAGACCUAAACUCCUAGACUUCUCUGUGUUAAAAGAUGGAGCGUUCAUCUGCUACUCUCUGUUCGGCCUCUUCGCCACGCUGGGGUUCUUCGCCCCUUCGCUUUACAUCAUAGAGCUCAGUAAGAGCCGUGGCGUCCACACCGAAAAGGCUGCCUACAUGCUCUCCGUAAUGGCGGUGUCUGAGGUCUGCGGGCGCCUGUCCAUCGGGGUCAUUUUAAACAAGGUGCGGAUGCGUAAGACCCAGGUGCUUCUGGGAUGUGUAGUUCUGCUGUGUCUGGUGCUGUUAGUCUUCACCCUGGUGACUGAGUUCUGGGGCCUGGCAGCCUGCUGCUGUCUCUAUGGCUUCCUGAUGGGCACUGUGGGCUCUACACACAUCCCCAUGCUGGCAGAGGACGACGUGGUGGGCAUAGAGAGGAUGCCCUCGUCCGUGGGGGUCUAUGUGUGUAUACAGAGCUUUGCUGGGCUGGCCGGACCACCGCUGGGAGGUAAGAGACUCUAGCUGAUUUACUUUGUCUGGAUCUUAGUUCUCUCUCUCUCUCUCUCUCUCUCUCUCUCUCGAACUCUCUCUCUCGAACUGAUCUAGAAGGUUUUGAUUGCUACUGCACCAACCUGAUGAUCUUUAGGUGUCUCUGACGUUGCCUCCUGUGUGUUUUUCCCCCCAGGCCUGUUGGUGGAUAUGACCCAGAACUACGGCUCAGCCUUCUACUCCUGUGCUGUGGGAAUGGGCCUGGGCGCCAUCUUCCUUGCCAUGGUGGGACCUGCCAAGUCCGGCCUCUGCCACCGCGGGAAGACGAGAAAACAGAAGGAGGAGAAAGAAGGAGAGGAGGAGAGGAGAGGAGGAGGAGAGGAGGAGGAGAGGAGAGGUGGAGAGGAGGAGGAUAAGGUUUCUCAGGACAGUGGAUCAACAGAUUAUCUAGACGUUGAUCUGGUUAUGGAGACCAGUCCGGCUAAA